CAGAGGAGGAAGAAUGAAUAGAAUUAACAUUGACCCAUCAGUUUGGUUUAGAUUACCAGUGAAUAAAGAUGAUGCACAAGGUUACUUCAAUUUGAUUCAGCACCCAAUGGAUUUUUCAACCAUCAAAGGGAAAAUAAAGAGUGGUCAGUAUAAAGACAUUGAGAACUUUCAUACAGACAUGCUCCUCGUCAGAGAUAAUUGUGUGAAGUACAACAGAGAUCCAGCAAGUCAGAUUCGGGUUGACUGUGACACUGUCUUUGGCUUCUACACUGUGGAGUAUGAUAAACUGAAGAGCAGGAAACCAGCAAAGAAAAAAGCUACCGGAACUGGCUGGGAUAUCGGAAUGUAUAGGCGUGCACAGAAAGGGGCAAAACUUGACAUGGCCCAUGCCAGUGCCAUGAAAGUGGUGCAAAGCCAGGUUGAGAAGCUGGAUGAUGACAUCAGGGAAAAGGAAGAGUGUAUUCGUGAUUUGACUGCUGAGAUCGAAUGGAAGGAAAGACUGAGAGCUGAAUUUGUACCCCCUGUUAAACUAGACCAAUAUGUUCAGGUAGAGAUGAAAUCGAAACUACGGUGUGUGACGAACCCGACCCGUGUUCUGCCAAACGACUCUGCGAGAUGCUACCUGAGCAACACAACCAUGACUAAACGAGUUGACGAAACAUGCAAGGCAUUGGAACCAAUUCAUGGAGCUGAUUCCAAAAGUGUGCAGGAUGGAUUGUGGCUGACGUUGGUUAAAAAAGCAGGGAAGGGAGCCAUUCAAAAGUACUAUUCAAAUUUAUCGAGACCCAAGGAAGGCAGAGUAACAAAGCAUAAGGAACGGGUAACGGAAGCAAUUGUGGUCCGGUGUGUCAAAUACAUGUAUCGUAAUGGUUCAAUAUCCAGUCGAAAAUACACUUCAUUGCGGCAGGCAGAUCUCAGUUUCGAAUGUAGUGGUGAUGAGCUGAUGACAUAUCAGGAACUUGUUCAUCAGUUGAAAAGUAUUUGUAAAGAGCUUCAGGUUCAUGAAGUUGCAGGUGUUUCCGGCUGCUACCGGAAUCUCGAAGACACCCUCCUGAAGAUAGCAUCAGUUUAUUUAGAGAUAGAUGAAAAGUUACAGGUCAAUGGGCAAUCUUUGAAUUGGCUGAAGAAGGAAAGAGGCCAUUUUUCGAUAUCUGUUGGGGCAGAUGGUGCUCCUGCCUCGAAGUUGAAAACGCACACGUCUGUUCUAUUGUCUUUUCUGAAUUUGCCUGAGAAGGUUAAUAGCUGCAUGUACCAGUUUUUGUUGUUCGGGGCUGAUGUGCCUGAGGACCAUGCUUCUAUUCUCAACUAUGUUGCCGAAAUAGCUUCAAACAUGGAGUCCAUUGAGAAGAAAGUGUUCAUGAUUGGAUCCACUGUGGUCAGGUUUACUCUUGAACUUGUUCCGGGUGACUGCAAGUGGAUAGCCACUGCUUGUGGCGAGCUCAGCAAUGCAGCUGCCUAUCCAUCCAGUUAUGGCAAUGUGCGAAAAGAUGACCUGUCAAAGCUUGACGGAAGUUUAGGUGGCAGUGAAUCCACCUGGAAACCUUGGUCGUAUCUUGAUCGACUAGCCAUGGUAAAAAAAGUGGCCUUGAAAAAACAGGAGGCCAGCAGGCGUGAUGUAGUGACUAAAUACAUUGCAUCCUUGCAUUCUAGGCAAGAACACGUACCUACACUUGGCAUUUACUCGGAGCACUGUUAUAUCGAUUCUCUUCAUCUGAAAAAUAACAUCUGUGCUCAGCUUCACCAGGCUAUUUUGACUGAAGCCCUAAUACUAACUGAUGAUAAGGUCAUCAGGGGUGGCAUUGAUUUUAAGAAUAAUGCUUUCAGAGAAUCUCCCUUUGGCAGAUACCUGGUUUGUCUUCGGGAUAAAGUUCACGCUGGUCGUAUUUUCAUACAGGUCAGAAGGUGGUUUACAGAGAAUUGUGCUGCUCUGUCAAAAGGUUCCUGUGGCACAAGGCUUCUUGGUGUUAGGUUUACAGGAGAAGACUCCUUCAAAUUUUGCCAGGGUUACCCCUACUUGAUCAAGGCUGUGGGACAAAAUGGGACUCCUGAUAGACAAUUCAGACUCCUGGGGCCUUAUUCAUGAAGCCUUCGU